GGCGGACGAGCCUGGGGAUGGUGCGCGGAGUGUGGCUGUGACAGCUGGGCAGGGAUCCCGGAGGAGGCGAAGGCGCCCCUCCUUCCGUCCCCACAGGAGGCUGCCUCAGCCCUUGCACGAUCCUUCCCUCCCUCCGGGCGCACCCCGCUCCCUCUCUCAGCCCGGAUCCUGCACAUCUUCCUCCUCUCCCUCCCACCCCCCUCCCAGAGUGGCCCCCAUCAGCCCCACCCCUCUGAGCCCCAUUGUCUUUCCCCUCCCCACUCGCUCGCCCCCCCGGGAAAAAGGAGCCCCCCCCGUACCCUGCUUCCCUCUUUCCCUCCCCAUGGAUUACAGGCUCCCCUCGAGGGAAGACGUAGGCAUGGCCCUUCUCUGCCCAGCGCCUUGGGAUCUGCCGCUCAGGGUUGCUGCUCUGGAGUGAACCGCCGGGCGAUCCUUAAAGGAAGGUCCCGCAGCGCUGGAGUGGAAGGAAGCGGCUUCCCUGCUCCCCACACCCGACGGCUCCCCCGGCUCGGCUCGCCUCCGCUACCAUGGACAGUAUCCUAGAGCCCUUCCCUUCGGAGCGCCUCUUCCCCGGAGGAGCCUCCAGCUUCUUGGAUCUGGGCGAUUUAAACGAAGCGGAUUUUCUCAGCAAUGUGCAUUUCUCUGAGAACUUCGACCACUUCUCUGAGAACAUGGAGGACUUUUCCAACGAACUCUUCAACAGCUUCUUUGAUGACCCCAUGCUGGUUGAAAAGAACCCUUUGCUGGACAUGGAUCUGGACCCUCCUACUCCUGGCAUCCAAGCAGAGCACAGCUACUCCCUGAGCGGAGACUCAGCUCCCCAGAGCCCCCUCAUGCCUGUCAAGACAGAAGACAAUGCCAAUGAACUGGAAAAUGGGAUGUGGUCCCUCCAGCACAAGCUGUGUUCCAUCCUGGUGAAACAGGAGCAGAACAUGGCACCAGAACUUCCUGAGACCCAGCUGCCAGCUAAUGCAGUACCCAUGUUGAACCUGAACCCACUGCAAAGGUUGCCAGUCCCUGAAGAGGCUCCCAUAGAAAUGACGCCCCAGCCUAUAAUCAAAGCUGAACCCAGAGAGAUGAACCAAUUUCUAAAUGUACCAACAGAUGACCUGGUGCAGAUGCCACCGACUCCUCCCAGCAGCCAUGGCAGUGACAGUGACGGAUCUCAGAGUCCAAGAUCCCUCCCUCCCUCCAGCCCAGUCCGCCCUACUGCACGUUCCUCCACAGCAAUCUCUUCUUCUCCUCUCCUCACAGCACCACAUAAAUUACAAGGGACCUCGGGACCCCUGCUCCUAACCGAGGAGGAGAAACGUACCCUGAUUGCUGAGGGCUAUCCCAUCCCAACCAAGCUGCCUCUCACCAAAGCAGAGGAGAAAGCACUGAAAAGAGUUAGACGAAAGAUCAAGAACAAGAUUUCUGCACAGGAGAGUCGCAGGAAGAAGAAAGAAUAUGUGGAGUGUCUGGAGAAAAAGGUUGAAAGUUAUACAUCUGAGAACAAUGAACUAUGGAAAAAAGUAGAGACCUUAGAAAAUGCAAACAGGACUCUCCUCCAGCAACUACAAAAGCUGCAAGCUCUGGUAGCAGGGAAAGUUUCUAGGCCAUAUAAAAUGGCUUCCACACAGACAGGGACCUGCUUGAUGGUCCUCGUUUUGUGCUUUGUUCUGGUUCUGGGCUCCCUAAUGCCGUGUCUCCCAGAAUUCUCUUCAGCAUCGCAGACAGUAAAAACAGCUCCAACGUCAGACAUAUACACAACCAGUAAAAUUCAGUCACGGCGCCUUCUGUUCUACGAUGAGCAUGGGGGCUCCCUCGAGGAAGGCUACAGCUCCUUCAUCUCUGUGGAGCAUCCUGACAAGUGGGAAGCUGACCAACGCCAAAGCGAAGAACAGCGACCUCAGGAGCAUGUGCACAGCCCCCUGGCUGUGGUUCACGAAACAGCCAAAUACCUGCACAAGCCCCACCAGGAGGGGCCAGAUCAGAACCUGACCAGCUCAGCUCUCACUAACCCCAAGAAGCAAUUCCAGGAGAGAGACAGAAUCUCCAGUGAUGCAGCUGAAUACUUGUAGCAGCUGCCAACCCUCAAGGCCUCUUCCGUCUGGAUGUAGGAUCCUUUAGUAGAUGCCUGGUUAAGGCUGCAAUUCCAUGCAUGCUUACCUGGGAGUAUGUCCCAUUGAACUUGGUGGGACUAACUCCUGAGUAAGCAUGUGCAGGAUUACACUGUAAGGGGCGUGGGUUGCAACCCUAAACACACUUACUAGGGGAGAAGGUCCAUUGGACUUCCUUCUGCAUAAACAUGCAUAGGAUUGCACAGCACAUGGGAGAGGAUGUUCCAUUUAGACAUCUCCAAAUUGGCCCUGAGUUCCGCCUCUUAUACACUUGAUUCCCAGUGUCAAAAUUGCAUUCCCCACAAUCAGGGAUAGCGUCUGGCAACUUGGACAGAAGCCUCAGCCAGCCCUCUAAUUUACCCCCACUCACAAUCACCAUGGCCACUGGUUAUGUUCUUUCCUCUCUCUGCAAUAUGUCACCAAAAGUUACCAACUUCUUGGCACACAAAUCUGUACUAUAUAAAUUUUCCCCAGCUGUGUCUGUCUCCGUGUCAGAAAAAGCUUAAUUUCUAUUUUGUGACUUAUUUUUACAUAGUUACAUUAAAAAAAUGUAGAGAAUUCAAAGGCAGAGACAUAUUACAGUUAAAUGUUCAGAUAAGAGAAAAAGAAAAACGUUCUUCAUAGGAGGCUUUCCCCCCAUUAAACAUUAAGCAAAGUUCACAAAGCACCCCAUGAAUCAGUUCCUCUGUGAUGAGGAACACACUUGCCUUAUCCCAGUUCUUGACCCUCUUUUCAUUCAAUUUUCUCUAGACAAGCCACCUCAAGGACUUUUCCUUUUACCUAUGAUUUCCCCCUUUAAAACAUGAGACUGAAGGGACAAGUGUAUGUUCCUUGCAUGCCCCCAUUCAUUGAAUGUUUCCUGGUGACAUUUGGGACAGAUGUAAAAGUCAGCAAGCUGCAGCCAUGGCUUUCCUUUCCAAAGUUUAUGUAGGGAUGGAGAGAUCCUUCAGAACAAUUCUUCUCCAGUCAAGUCCACCAGGGACCAACACAUACCGCUGCAGCCCCCCCAACCCACCCCUAAAACACCCUUCUCUGUCCCAACCCAAAACCAGCAUAAAGAACCACUGUUCCAUAGUUAGACAUGCUCCUGGGCAUAGUCCAUGCGUGCCUCAAGUUCACAUGGUUGUACAGAGACCAAAAGCAGAAAUUGUUUGUACAUAAUGAACCUUAUUUUGUAUUAUUGCCAAUCCCUUAAGAUAUUGUAUUUUGGAGACUCUCAGAUCCUAUUUUCUGUAUUGUAUUUUAUUAAGAGUUAUUGCGAGCUUGGCCUCUAUGAACUUCCUCUCUUUGCAGGUCGCUGUUUCCUCUUAGUCUAGCAGCUGUUGUUUGCCUAGUUUUCUUUUUAAAUAUAUCACUCUUUUCCUCCUGUUACUAGCUCUGCAAUUGCUUUGGAGCAGCAAAAUUAAAAAAAAAAAAAAGAUGCAGCAUCA